AUGGUCGGUGAUACCGAUUUUGAUCAUCUCUCCAAUGACGUGGUCGUUGACAACUCCUCUUCGAGUAACUCACACCACAAACCUCUCCACCCGGUUUACAUCGUGAGCAAUAUUCAACACAAGGUGCGAGUUCUCGACGGCACAAAGGUCACCUAUUCCUCAUGGGUCAAACUAUUCAAACUUCAUCUUCGUGGCUAUAAAGUGCUUCACCAUGUUGAUGGCACGCCACCUCCGGUUUCCACAGAUGCCGCCUUCUCCACUUGGCAAGAAAUUGACUCCCAUGUUUUACAAUGGAUUUAUCAAUCCAUCUCCGAUGACCUUUGCUUGCCCAGUCUUGAUGAUUAUUGUCAUCGCCUCAAGGAAUUAGCCGACCAACUUUCGGAUGUUGAUUGCCCGGUCACUCCUAAUAGACUUGUUCUUCAACUUGUUCGUGGUUUACCACCGGAAUUUGACAUUGUGGCCUCUUUUAUUAAUCAACAAGUUCCGUCGUUUGAAACGGCGCGAAGCAUGCUCCAAUUGGAGCAACAACGCAAAUCUAUGCGUGAGGUCAUUGCCCCUGCUUCGGCCGCCCUGGUGGCGCCACCCUCGCCGCCGUCUGACAAUCCUUAA